AUGCCCGCCGGGAGUGAUGAGCAGCUUAACUUCUUGCUGAAAUGUGUCAAGUAUUCGAGCAACGGCAAGGUGGAUUUCGAUCAGGUGGCUCGCGAAUGCAACAUCGUCAGUAAGGGCGCAGCAGCCAAGCGCUACGAGCGCUUAAUGAAAGCCAAUGGCAUCAACCCGAACGGCGGUCCAGCAGCAGGACCAGAUACUCCUUCUCCACAGGAACCCAACUUCAAUAGAACCACCCCCAAAAAGUCGACCCCAAAAACUCCAACUAAAGGAAAUAGCACCACUGGCACCAAGACCCCGUCCACCCGCAAGCGCAAGACCAUGGGCCAAGCCAAUGGCACCCCUAAGAAAACCAAGAGUGAAAAGUUGGUUGGCAGUGCUGAUUACACUCAUGAGAGCACUGAUAGCAAUGCACAUGUCAAAAAGGGGGAUAGUGGUGAUAAGACCUUUGAAGAGACUGAAAAAGCAAUGGUGACAUCCGGGAACGACCCGCUUUUGUCUGAGGGUUCCGGAGGUGUCGGAGGGAAUCUGGACCGAGAGGAUCGAGAGUUGUAUAGCCAAUUUUGUGCCAUCAAUACCGCAUGUAAGCAGCGUGUUUCAGGUGGUUUGGGGGAGAAUGGGAACCCUGAGGAUGAAAGCAGAGAGUACGAUAUUAAUGGUGCCGAGAAGGAGGUUUUGGGGAUACUGGACGGACCGACGAGGAAUAGAGUGGGGGUUAAUGAAUGUGCUGCGAUUGGUGGAUAAGGGAUACCUUUGCCUGUGAGAAGACCCCUAAGAGGUUGGCC